AUGGCCGCCCCGACGCUCUUCACCCUUCCGCCGCACAUCCAGGACGCGAUCGCGCGCCUCGCAGCCACCGAGGCCGCCCCAGACGCGCUGCGCACCGAGCUGCGCGACGCGCUUGCGCGUGCGCCGGGCAGAGCAGAGGCGGUGUACGGCGAUGCCGCCGCUGCGGCGGUGUCCGAGUCGGCCGCGUCAGCGCCAGCAGCAGUCGACGCCGACGCCGACAAGCCACUCGCGCUGCGUGAGGCCCCGCCGCCGCUCGUCGAUGCCGAAGUGCUCGAGCGGCUUGCCGUGUGGUCGGCUUCCGAGGCUGGACGCAGCGCUUUGGCUGAUCACGGGCUAGACCACGGCGAGUACUCGCAUAUCGCGCUCGUGGCCGGCGCAGAGGUCUACCUCCCGCCCAAGCAGCGCGCGUUGCUACGCAGCGCCGAGGCCGAGGACACGCGGGCCGAGAAGACAAAUCCUUACCUCCCGGCGUACAUGUCCCCGCGCCCAGCGUCCUUCGGACAAGAGUACCGCGCCCUCGGUCGCCAACUGGCCACGGUGCUCAACGUGCUCUUCUCCGUCUUUGGGCUCGGCGGCGCGGCGUACGUCGCAGCCACGACGGGCGCGGGGUGGACGCGCUCCCAGGGCCUCAUCCUCGCCGUGAUUGCCGGCGCGGUUGUCGCCGUCGCUGACAUCGGGCUCAUCUGGAUCUUCUCGGCACGGAUUAAGAAGGAUCGUCGCGAGGCGAGCAUCAAGAGCAUCAAGACGAAUAAGGGGAGCGGGCGGGCGCCGGGGACUGAGCCGACGGUUCUGGAGCUCGAGGCUGAAGAGGUCGAGGGAGAGACCGAGGAGGAGGCAGGGGAGAAGGACGCGCCGGUGGACCUAAUCCCCGCGCCAAAGGCAGCAGUCAGGCUACGCCGCCGCGCACUCGGUGAGCGGUAG